AUCUGUUUCUCGUUUGUGCUGAUUGCCGUACAAGUAAUGCUUCUCACAGCCUUUUGUCUUCUUCAGUUACCACGAGAGAAAUUAUUGUAUCUAUCAGAUUCGGACGUUGUACUCAUAUGCGCUAUCUCUGAUAAAGACUUCCUACUCUCGCAAAUUUAUAACUUCGUGUUGAUCAUUGUAUGCACAUACUAUGCGUUCAAGACACGGCGGAGUCCUAUGAAUUUCAACGAAGCAAAGUAUAUCGCGUUUGCGAUGUAUUGCACAUGCGUACUGUGGUUGGCAUUUAUUACAGUGUAUCUCGUACAGACUGACGUCAUGCUGAAGGCGUGUAUACGAUGCCUCAGCAUAUCCCUCAUUGCCACUAUUCUUCUCGUGUGUCUCUUCGUUCCCAAGGUGUACAUUAUCAUAUUUAAACCGUCGGAGAACAGGAAACGGCCAACACUACCAAGUCAUAGUGUGUCCAGUCUUAACGGGGAGCAAACUCCGGCGAGGUCUCAUGCCACAUUGCCUAUCGAAGUAAAUAAUUCGAGGUAAGAUUCUUAUUAAUAUACAUAGUCGAACUUUUUACAAACACCUCUCUAAUACGAACACAUUUCUGACUAAUACGGACAUCUCCCUAAUACGGACACCAUCUCUGAUACAGACACAUCUCUAAUAGGGACACCUCUAUGAUACAGGCACCUCUUUAAUACGGACACCUCUCUAAUACGGACACCUCUCUAAUACGGACAUCUCCCUAAUACGGACACCAUCUCUGAUACAGACACAUCUCUAAUACGGACACCUCUAUGAUACAGGCACCUCUUUAAUAGGGACACCUCUCUAAUAGGGACACCUCUCUAAUACGGACACCUCUCUAAUACGGACACCUCUCUAAUACGGACACCUCUCUAAUACGGACACCUCUCUAAUACGGACACCUCUCUAAUACGGACACCCCGCUAAUACGGACACCUCUCUAAUACGGAUAAAUCUGAUACAGAUACAUCUCUGAUACAGGCACUUCUCUAAUACGGACACCAUCUCUGAUACAGACACCUCUCUAAUACGGACACCUAUCUAAUACGAACACCUCUCUAAUACGGGCACCUCUCUAAUGCAGACAUCUCUCUAAUACGGACAUCUCUGAUAAAGACACAUCUCUGAUACAGGCACUUCUCUAAUACGGACACUUCUCUAAUACGGACACCUCUCUAAUACAGACACCUCUCUAAUACGGACACCUCACUAAUACGGACACCUCACUAAUACGGACACCUCUCUAAUACGGGCACCUCUCUAAUGCAGACAUCUCUCUAAUACGGACAUCUCUGAUAAAGACACAUCUCUGAUACAGGCACUUCUCUAAUACGGACACUUCUCUAAUACGGACACCUCUCUAAUACAGACACCUCUCUAAUACGGACACCUCACUAAUACGGACACCUCACUAAUACGGACACCUCUCUAAUACGGGCACCUCUCUAAUGCAGACAUCUCUCUAAUACGGACAUCUCUGAUAAAGACACAUCUCUGAUACAGGCACUUCUCUAAUACGGACACCUCUCUAAUACAUACACCUCUCUAAUACGGACACCUCACUAAUACGAACACCUCUCUAAUACGGACACCUCUCUAAUACAGACACCUCUCUAAUACGGACACCUCUCUAAUACGGACACCUCUCUAAUACGGACACCUCUCUAAUUCGGACACCUCUCUAAUACGGACAUCUCUGAUACAGACACCUCCCUAAUAUGGACACAUAUCUAAUACAGACACUUCUCUAACACAGGCACAUCUCCAUUACAGGCACCUCUCUAAUACAGACACCUCUCUAAUACAGACACUUCUCUAAUACAGACACCUCUCUAAUACAGACACUUCUCUAAUACAGACACCUCUCUAAUACAGGCACAUAUCUAAUACAAACACAUUUCUAAUACAGACACAUCUCUAAUACAGACACUUCUCUUAUAUCAUAAUAAUACCUCUCUAAUACGAAUCUGCUCCACGAUAGUGGUUAGUGACACUUGCCUAUAUAUUGCCAUAAUAAAUGAAAAAUAAAUUAUCUCUUCAGAGACUGGAGGUAGGACAUGUUCAAUGACAGAGUAAGACAUGUACUAUUUUUUCUGUAACCAGGGCUUUAGAUUGCCCACAACACGAUGGUGCGUUUCCCAGAGGAUCAUACAGACCAAGAAGUUCAACAGAUCCUCGGAGAUUUGAUAACGACAGAAAAACAUGGCGAUAUUCGUUGCCACCAGAUCAAUUUUCUCACUCGACUGAACCACGAAAACCGGAAAGAGAGGAAGAAAUGGAGAUAGAAAUGAAAGCAUUGAUCGAAAGGUAAAUAAAAGUGAAAGGUAUACUUAGGAGGAUCUAAUGUUUCCUUGCAGCUGAGAGCUGAAUAGACACAGCUUAGCCUAUUGCUUCCAACGUGCGACCAAUAUCUGACCACGAAGCGCAGCUAAGGUGGAAGGGUUACUUUUUGAGGGAAGAGAAACGGACGAUCCGGAGAAACAGUCGCAGCACAGGAGACAACCAACCACAAAUCUACUUAUACCUAAAUUUUCAAGCACAUUAAAUCAGUGGAGGGUAGUUAUCCAUCCUAAAUAAUACUCUACCCCAACCUACUGUAGAGGGUAGCUGAGCGUAAAAAGCAGUGCGCUAACUAAAGAUAGGUUUCUUUAAAGCCGGUUUUCCACUAGGCGGAAUUUUGCGCGCGGAGCGCAAUUUUUCUUUGUCUUGUGAUUUCUCGGGUGGAACUAAUUAGAAAAGACAAAGAAAGAUUCCGCUCCGCGCGCAAAAUUCCGCCUAGUGGAAAACAGGCUUUAAGGCAAUACACUUUACUGUUUAUUGCACUUUUGUGGAUUAGUUUCUCCUUGAUCUUUAACCCAAUCGCAAACCUUAACCUUACUAUGCACGAAACAUUAGGAAACAACCACGAAAUCAUUGAGGCAAAAGUGCAAUAAACAGUACAGUCUAUUCAGCGGCUGAAGGACUUCGAUCUAAUAGCUUUUGUUACUAAUUUCGUUGCACGUAAUUUUUACCUACGUACCAAUCGUUAACAAUUAUAAUUUACUCUAGACUGGCAGUUCUGGAAUCACUUCUUCACCAGCAACGCCAGACGGCUGGUUCCUUCCAAACUCGUGAGAUUCAAGGUGCUUUAAAGUCCUGUCAAAGUCUUAUGGCUGAAGUAAAAGGACACAGCAACUGUUCAAUACCAGAAUGCGUUGAGAAUUGUUCUGGUGAUCACUGCUCAUGUACACCACAGACCUCAAAUUCUACCAAGCCUGAUAACAGAAGCUUACUGAUGACCUAUGCACAAACUCCUAAAGGUCCACAUAGUUCAAAAGAUCCGGAAAUAGCAACAGCACAGCAUAAGAAGCCGAAUGGGAAUGUACUUACCGUACCGAAUUCUAGAGGGAUAUUUAAGACCUCCAAAGACAAUAAUGAUAAGAUGGGGUUACUACAAUACCAAAUGUCUCCACUGAAACGUAAAUCAGCUUCAGAAGCGUAACAUUGGAGAAGGUAUACUUUCUUCUACUGGGAGCAUAGAACAUUAGGAAAAUGCCAAUGACCAGGAGUCGGAAGCUGGUCAUCCUAGGUUAGCAUUAAACUUCAAACAAAUUCCCCAAUAACUUGUUUGCAAAGUUAGAAAUGGAUCAAUAAAGAUUUUCGGACGUUUUAGAUCAAAGCGACGUGCAGAAAUGCGCAAACCAAAACCUAUGAGGAGGUCCUUCAUUGCUUCAGCAGGUCCUUCAGUGCAGCAAUUCUAUCAUAUUCUUGCCCAAAAUACAAUAAACUAACAAAACGUUGAACAAAUUAGUGAACAUUUCCAACUUCUAUGUACCAACGUCUUUAAACUCGCAUCGGACCAAAAGAACAUGGCACUUUCUAUAUCGUCUCUAUGAGACUCCAUAAAUAAUAAAUAAAUAUUAAUAUUUACUAAUUUUAAACCAAAUAAUGUAUUUAAAGAAGAUAUAAGUAUG